CAUCUCGUCCAUCGCACUGCAAUUGAAGCGGGGCCAAUACUUAAACGAGACAGCGUGAAUGUCAGGGCGUUUUCUCAUGCUUCACUCUUUCAUCAUCCUGCCCCUCAUUUUGCUGUUCAUAUGUCAGGAAGUCAUAGCCAACACGGAAAUUAUCAACUUCCUUGCCGCUGAAGAAAGCAAUGUUGACUUCUCCUCAACCACGGUUGUCAGUUGGCCAGUGUUGAAUUACAAAAAUAACAAAGGACACUGGAACGUAGAUCCCGCUCUGCUCGACACGCCUUUGCAGCAGGUAUGCGAGCCAGAGACGGGUAUUGCUCCGGAAAAACCCUUCUCGUGUCCUCACGAACUCUGGGUAGCGCUAGAUCUCGAUGAUGAAAGAUGGAUAUCCUAUUCAAAGUUUACGCUACGUCUAUCCUGGCCUGCUUCCUCUCGAGCCAAGUUCACGGUCGUCAACCAUGCGUCACUAUUACAGUCCCCCGCGGAUUUUUUGCUCGAAAUAUACAGUCCAGAGGCGAUCUUAACCCGUUUGUCUAAACCGCACCGGUCAGCGAUAGAUGACGCUGCUUCGAUCACUGCGCCGCAUUUAUCGCGCGCGGGCUCCUCCGCUACUCGCCUAAAGUACGCAAGGAUGAGAGUCGUUGAUACUGGUGUACGCACACCUACACCUGAUCUCAAUGCAUCGGCUGCUCAAGCGGUUCAACCGAUACCAUUCAUUCUCAUUCUCGAACAACUUUACCUAGGCGUUCUACCGGCUUCUCUCCUUCCUACCGUGUGUUUCCUUAUCCCCGUUUUGUCCUGUGCGGCUCUAGCCACACCGUGGAUAAUUGGUUAUCUCGAUCGUUCCAUACAGCAGGCGAGACAGGAAUUGCGCAAUAGUAGCACAGCUCGAGAAAAGAAGGAACGCUGA